UUCUUUCGGUGGAUUUCGGUAGAUUAAACUAACGUGCUCACCGGCUGGAAUUUACUAAAUUAAUUUAUGAAUGACCUGGAUGGGAUGUCUGCUAUUUUGGCAAAAACAAUUAUGGACAGACAGUCGUUCGUUUUCACUAAUAGUUAGCUUAGACUCAGUCAUUUAAAGGACUUUACUCGUUUGAUAGUUUAUUUACUGCUUAAACAUGAACAUCGCAAAGUUUUGUUGUUAUUUCAUGUGAAAUCAACACUGUUUACAGAUUCAGGUUGUUUCGUGGAUUGGAUGCUGAGAUUGUCGAAUUACUAAAGAUGAUUUACAACGGAAACUAUUUAUAUCUUAUAAGAUCUUCAGUCAGUUGUCUUUAAUUUUUCAGUUUCUCAAAGUAAACCAGCAAUAUGUUUAAAAGGAAGAAAAAAUCCCCAAGUGCUAAAGAUAUCAGUGCAAUGACAAAAAAGUCUGAGAAAACAAGUGUUUCUUCGCAGAGUUAUUCAUCAUUGCCAAAAAGUAUGUACUCAGGUAGUGAUAAGCGACCUGUUACUGGCAGUACACCAUCAAGAUCUGGUUCUGAAUCAUUUAAUUUGACCUAUUCUACAAGUUCAUCAAGUUCCCAAGAUAUGAAAUUAGGCAGUCCACAAAGUCCUCUAGAUUUGCCUAUGGAGACGUUGCAAUCUAUAAGUGCAGCAUAUAACUUUGGCCAAGGUUUAAAUAAUGAUAAAAGUACAAGUGAUAAGUUGCAGGGCAGGAGCCCAUACCAAAGCCCAGUGCAUUCUUCCUAUUCUUCUAGUCCAGCAAGUAAUAAGCCUACCACACGACACCGGUCUUUAGAGAAAAGUGAGUUUUCAGGAUUAUUUUCUGCAGACUCUUCUUUGGAGCGGCAAUUUGAAAGAUUACAGAUGUUAUUGCCGUCAUCUGACCAGCGCCAUUCUGAAGUAAACACUUUUAAUACAAUGCCAGUGUCCAAAGGAGAGCGUAGGAAUGCAUCUUUGAAUUACACCAGAGAACGAUCGCAGGAAAGAGAACAAUAUCCUCACAUGGGAGCCAGAUCUUUGGAAAGAGAUCAUGUAUACCAUGUUAAUAAUAGAUCUAGAUCAACUGAAAGACCUGAUUUCACCUCACAAUUACAGCAGACUCAGGAGCAAUUUCGAAAUGUUAGUCGUGAUUCCUUGAUAUUAGAGCUGCAGUCACAAAUUACUGAAUUAAAUAAAGACUGUGCAAAAAUGCAGCAAGAUUUAGACUCAACCAAAGAUAAAUUAAGUUCAACUAUGAAUAGUAUUAAAACAUUUUGGAGUCCAGAAUUGAAGAAGGAAAGAUCAUUAAGGAAAGAGGAGAGUGCUAAGUACAGUCUUUUGAAUGAACAAUACAAGGCAUCUCAUGCUGAAUUAAAGAAUUACGCUAGCAACAUUAGAAAGUUAGAGUCACAAAUUCAAUCUCAAAAUGACAAUCAUGAUGGAAUAACCAAAGAAGAUUACGAAAGUCUUAAACUAACGUAUGAAGGACAAACUAAGGAAGUGAAAAUUUUAAGAAAAUCUGUGGAUGAAAUGGUGUUACGUUUGGAGACCCAGAAACAGACAUUAACAGCAAGAGAUGAAAGUAUAAAAAAGCUUCUAGAAAUGAUGCAAAAUAAAGGUGUAGUUGUAGAUAGGAUAGAAGAAUCCCAGAGAGAGCUGGAAAAAUGUAGAGUGGAGAAAGUUGAAGAUUCGUUAAAGUUGGAAGAAUUAAAGCGCAACAUCGGAAGAAUGGAAAAAGACUUGGAUCAGUUAAAGGAGGAGAACAAAAAGCUUAAAGAGCAACUUGGACAAGCUGAGGUUGAAUUAAAACAACAACCAGCUAGCACUCAUACAAUGCAGGCAAUAAUGGAGGCAAAGGAUUCACGAAUAUCAGCAUUAGAGAAAGAAGUGGAGAAUUUGGAAGACAAUUUACAGUGCCUUGGUGGAGAGGGUGGUCAAGAUAAGGAAGCAAGUUUAAAGAAAGAGAUGAUACCAAGUCGAGAAAAGGCACUGAAAUCUGAGAUUCAGAAUUUAAAAAGUGACUUAUCUACUAGAGAUAAUGAGAUUAUCGGCCUUAAGAUGAAAGUCGACACAUUAACCAACCAAGGUUCCGAGCAUCAACACUAUAUAAAUGUUCUCAAGGACAAUGUAAAAUCUAAGGAGCAGCAAUUGUCCAUGUUUAAUGCAGAUAUCGAUGAUUUACGCGAACGUCUUAAAGAGAAAGACAAUGCUAUUGAUAGGAAGGCUCAGCAGGCACAGGCACUAUCAGUGGAUAAAAGAAAACUUGAACUGGAAUGUGCAGAACUUAAAGACAAUCUUGAUAUUAAAGAACGAAAGGUGAACGUUCUUCAGCGCAAAGUCAGUAACUUGGAAGAUUUAUUAGCUGAGAAAGAGGAUCAAUUAAGUCAGAUAAGAACCCAGUCAACAAAUUCUAUAGAAUCAACUGAUAGUGCUAUAUCUGCCAUGGAGGAAUCUAUUACUGAGAAAGAAAGGCAAAUUGAAAGAUUAAAAGAGCAAAGAGAUGUUUUAGAAUUGGAACACCAACAAGAAUGUGAGAGACUGGAAACAGUCAACCAGAAGUUAAAGUCAGAUUUAGAUACCCUCCAGCUAGAAGUGACAGACAAGCAGACUGAAUUGUGUGAUCUACGGGAGGAAGUUUCAGAAUUGAAAUCAUCGAGAUACAAGGCUGAUGCUAGAAUAAGACAACUAGAACUUAGUAUUUGUGAUAAAGAUUCAGAAAUAUCCAAGUGUAAACAAGCACUAGAUGAGAUGAAGGUAUCAAAAGCAGCUUCUAAAGGUGAAGCAACAGAAGAACAGCUAGUUCAGCUCAGUACGUCGAUGGAACAGUGUAAGAUUGAGAUGCAGUCUGCGCAGUCAGAGGUCGAUAGGUUACUGAAUAUUCUCAAAGAUGCAGAAAAUGAAAAGAAUGAGAAAGAAAAUCAAAUCAAGGAGCUACAAGACACCGUGGGCCAGUACAAACAGAAAUUUGGUACAUUGAAGAGACAGCAUCAGAAAGACAAACAGAAAAAUGCCCAUCUGUUAGAGGAGGCUAGGAGACGAGAAGAAGAUAUUGGCACUGACGCUCAACAUCUUAAGGGUUCUAUGAAGGAAAAGGAAGAUCGUAUUGAAGAACUUGAAGAAGCAUUACGGGAAAGUGUUAAAAUUACUGCAGAGAGAGAAAUGUUACUCAUGGAACAGAAGAUGCAAAUUGAUGCCAGUCAAAAUAGUAUAGAGGAACUACAGGCUGAAUUAGAAAAGGCCAAGUCUUGCACGAGAGAAUACACAAGUAAAUUGUCUUCAUAUGUGAAACAAUUAGAGGACAAAGAUAUUAAACUUAAGAAAAUGAAUUCAGAACGUCACAAACAGAUGGAAGAAGUUUUCGAAAUGAAACAGGAAGCAUUACAGUCAACUAUUACACAGAUUGACAGUAACAUUGGCAUGCUGGAAAUGACCAGUACAAGAAAACAAAAUCACAUGCAGGAGAUAGAUGAACUUUCCUGUAAAAAGGAUGAACUUAAACAACAACUGAAAAUAUUGAUUCAAGAUAGAGAUAGAUAUCUUCAUGAAAGAAGUCGUGGAAAAAGAUCAAAAUCUAGAACCAAUGAUCCAGCACAACAGACUGUCAAAACUGAAGAAAGCAAGGCACAUGCUGUCAAAACAGAUGAAAGCAAGGCAACGGCACAUGCUGUCAAAACAGACGAAAACAAGACAAAUGUGCAAGCUGUCAAAACAGAUGAAAGUAAAGUGACAGCUCAUGCUGUCAAAACGGAGGAUAAUAAAUCAACUAAAAAUGAUAACUCUACAUCAGAACAGACAAAGAAUGUAGAGUUAACAUGACGAGUUUUAAUGUCAAGCUUAGCCCCUGGAUGAAAUUAUUUUAACGUUCUGUAAGCUGUAUGUGUUCUUAGAUUUAUAUUAAAAUUCAUGUUGUAAGUAUAUAACCCUCUGUGCAAUAUUAAGGAACAUUUAAAAGAUAUAACAAAUGAUGUGUAAGUAUAUAGUAAUGUUUGUCAUAAGUUAUGCCUGUUACCAUGUUUGCUUUCAUCUUGUCCAAACUGCUGGCAGAACUUUUAUACAACUUUUACUUGUUGUAAACUUCUUCUGUACACCAGGAAAGAGUGAUUGUUUUGACAAUAUGUGCCCAAAGUCUAGUUCAUCGUAGGAAAUUGGUGUUAUUUGUAAUUGAGCAUUGAAAGAUACAUUUUGAUUUCAUGUUUUUAUCAAAAGUCAAGGUCAUUUUCACCUGUUUUGUGUCAUUUUCUCAAAUUUUAGUCAAUGUCUCAUCAUCUUAAGAGAUAAAAUUUCAUUUUUUAAAAAAACUUUGUUUAUUUUGUUGACAUUUGAAAUCUAAAGGUUGCUUGUUAAGAA